GGAAGGGGGUGGGGAGAGCUGCCCUAUGGCGGGGGCAGAAGAGCCGGAGGAGCUGCCCCGCGGGGCGGGAGCAGUUAAAAAUAUCCCGCCGGGAGGGACGGGCCGUCGCCGCCAUGGGGCGGACGCUGCUGCUGGCGGCGCUGCUGCUGGCGCCGCUUCUGGGGGGCGCCACGCCCUUGCGCAUCGGCGCCUUCAACGCGCAGCGCUUGGGGGGCGGCAAGGCGGCACGCGACGACGUGCGGGAGGCGUUGGGGCGGAUCAUCGCCCGCUGUGACAUCAUGGUGCUGCAGGAGGUGUUAGAUGCUAAGGGGCAGGUGGUGCCGCUGCUCCUCAAAGCCCUUGACAGCACCGUGGGCCCCGGCACCUAUCAGACCCUGAGCAGCCCCCCGCUGGGCCGAGGGUCGUACCAGGAACGCUAUGUCUACUUCUACCGGCCGGGCCGGGCCCAGCUCCGGGACUGGUUUGUGUAUGAGGACGCCCACCCAGAGCGCCCUGACGUCUUUGCCCGGGAGCCCUUCGUGACCCUCUUCGGCCUGCCCAGCACAGCGCUGCCAGAGCUGGUGCUGGUGCCACUGCACGCGGUGCCGGGGGCAGCCGAGGCCGAGAUCGAUGCCCUCCACGACGUCUAUGAGCGGGUGCGGGAGCGCUGGGGCCAGCAGGAUGUGCUGUUCCUUGGCGACUUCAAUGCCGGCUGCAGCUACGUGGCCGCCAGCCGCUGGGGCCAGAUCCGGCUGCGCCGCGACCCACCGUUCCACUGGCUGCUGGGCGAUGAUGGCGACAGCACCGUGCGGGCCUCCACACGCUGCCCCUAUGACCGGGUGGUGGUGGCCGGUGAGCGCAGCCAGAGCCUGGUGGUGCCGGGCUCUGCCAGAGCCUUCAACUUCACAGCACGCUUCGGGCUGACUGAGGAGCAGGCGCUGGCAGUGAGCGACCACUACCCGGUGGAGGUGGAGCUGGCACUGGACAGAGCCUGGCGGGGGCCCUGGCAUCCCCCGCCAGCCCUGCUGCUGCUGCUGGGCCUGGGGGGGGCCCUGCUGGGGCUGCCCUGAGCCCCCAAACGCCUGGGCUGUCCCUAUCAGCUGGGAAAAUAAAACGAGUCCAUGGAAAUCUC